AUGUUUUUCGCAAAGCCGAGACCGAAGAAGAGCAUACUGCCACCGCCAAGCAAAAAGCGAAAGACGACAUCGGCUGUCGAAGAGGUUACCUUCGACAACGACGCUCGCCAUGAGUUCCUCACGGGCUUUCACAAGCGGAAACAGCAGCGCAUAAAGUUUGCGCAGGAGCAGGCGGCGAAGCAAGCCCGGCAAGAAAAGCUGGAGACGCGAAAACAGAUGCGUGACGAGCGCAAGCGCGAAGUCGAGCAACACGUUGAAACCGUGAACCGACUACUAAGAGAGUCCGGCGCUGUGGUCGACCCCGUCGAGGCGGAGUCCGGCGACGAGGCUGAAGCUUCGGACGAAUGGGACGGCAUACCCGAUAAGCCCGACUUGGACAUCGUUGACCACGAGGAGGAAUACGUGGACGAAGAUCGUUAUACGACAGUGACAGUCGAGUCCGUGUCCGUAUCUCGGGACGGGCUGAGCAAGCCGCAGCUAGAGAAUGACAAAGAGCAAGACGACGAGAACGAGGACGCCGACGAAGACAAAGAGGGCAAGUCGGAGGGCAAAGAACCGAGCAGGCCCAAGAAAAAGAAGAAGAAGUUCCGAUACGAAACAAAGAUUGAGCGGCAGCUGACGGAAAGGAAACAUCGGGCCAAGUCAAGAAAAUAUUGA